AUGAUAACCAGAAGCACUGAGAAAAUGAAGAUAGAAGUUGAAAUAAUCUCUAAGGAAAUCGUAAAGCCUUGCUCUCCUACACCUCAACAUCUUCGUCAUUACCAUCUCUCCUUCCUCGAUCAGUUAUGUCCGGAAGUCAACAAUUCAUGGGUCUAUUUCUACGAUACUCGCACUUCAAACCUAGGAUGCAUCGACGACGAUGCUUCCGACCACCUCAAGAAAUCAUUAUCUAAAGUCUUAUCCGACUACUACCCACUCGCCGGAAAACUCAUAGAUAACAGUUUCGUAGACUGCAACGACGACGGCGUCCCUUACAUAGAAACCAGAGUCAGGUGUCGCCUCAACCACGUCAUCGAGAAUCCCUCUCCGGCCGUCGUCAGCAAACUGCUUCCCUAUGAAAUGGAUGAAGCCGUCGACACACUUCUCGGAGUCCAAGUCAACGCCUUCGAUUGCUGCGGAAUGGCCAUCGGAGUAAGCAUCUCCCACAAGGUUGCCGAUGCGCUGUCGUAUUUCCAGUUCGUCAAGAGCUGGGCCGCCGUAAGCCGUGGCGAACCAGAACAAAAAAUCAGAACCCACUUCCAAUCUUCCUCACUCUUCCCACCAAAAGACAUGUCGGGAUACAACCUUGAAUUUCACAUCGACAAAAUCGUGUGCAGGAGGUUCAGUUUUGAAGCAUCAGUGAUAGAAUCUCUGAGAGCAAAACAUUCCGAAAAGAUGAAGAACCUUCUUGAUGAUGAAGACAAUCAAAAACCCCCUUCAAGAAUAGAAGUACUGUCAACUUUCAUAUGGACAAGAUUUCAGGAAGCCACUAAAGAAGAAGGAAGCAGGAAAAUUCACUUAGUCGCAUGGACAGUGGAUCUCCGCCAAAGAAUGGAGCCUCCAUUACCAGAAUAUGCGUUUGGCAACUAUGUGUGGUUGAUUCGAACGUUUCCAACGUUAGACGAGAAAGGAGAGUGUAAUGACCUUGGAAUGAAGUUAAGAGAGGAACUAAAUAAAAUAGACCAGGAUUUCAUUGUGAAGCUUGGAGAAGGUGAAAAUCAGUGGAAAGCUGAUCAACAGAGAAGUAGCAGUGGUGAUGGGGAAGAAAUAGUGGCGUUUGCUUUCAGUUCGUUGUGCAGGUUUCCAGUGUACGAGGUUGAUUUUGGAUGGGGGAAUCCGACGUGGGCAGGACCACCUACGUGGAAAUUCAAGAACGCUGUUGUGUUUAAAGACGCCAUAUCUGGCGGUGGUAUUGAAGCUUAUGUGAGUCUCGCUGAGGAGGACAUGACAAAAUUAGAAAGUGACGAGGAAUUUCGGGCACAUGUUUCUACCACAGGGUUAACUUAA